AGUCCCGUCCUGGGCCCUCAUUAGCAUCAGCAGCUGCGGCCAGUUGCACUCUGCAGAUAAUUUUGCUACGUAAUUAGCUCCCUUCAUUCCCAAUAGCUGCUGUGGGGCUCCCAGCAAAAGCAGCAGGAGGUGGAGCGGGGGACGUGGGGCAUUUGUUCUCAGGCUUCCAGGCAGAGCCCCCAGAGCUCCCGCCUGAUCCACAGACUGAACAGGGAGAGAAAGGGCCGGGGAGACCCCGUCCUGCUCCCUGUGUGAUGGAGUAACGGGGAAACACGAGACAACAAAAUGAAGGUCAAUAACGCCUUGGCGAAGGCGCUAUACGACAACAAGGCCGAGUGCUCGGACGAGCUGGCCUUCCGCAAAGGCGACAUCCUGACGGUUCUGGACCAAAACGUCAUCGGCAGCGAGGGCUGGUGGAAAUGCUCCCUGCACGGCCGGCAGGGCCUGGCCCCCGCCAACCGCCUCCAGCUCCUCGCCGCCUCCCCGGCCCUCCCGCCGCCUCCUUCCACCCGCAGCGGCUCUGCAGAGUCGCCAUCAGGCCAACAAAACAUCUACCAGGUUCCCUCCGUCCCCAAACCCACCACAUUGUCGUCUACCUACGAGAAGAUGGAGGGGUGGGUUAAAUCUCCGGCGAGGGUCCCCGCCCAAGGAGUGUAUCGGGUACCAGCCCUGGCUGCGCAGCUGCUCAGUGAAAGGACCCAAAGCUCAACAAGCCAGCACCUGUUUACUCUCCCAAGAGCAUGCCGGGCUUCAGUGCCAAAUAUCAGGAGUGAGGUGUAUGAUGUUCCAUCCGCACAGCGUCAGGAGCCCUCGCUCACACAGAGCGGUGCCACUCCGCCCAGCACACGAAAGCGCUCGGUGCUGGUCAGACCCACCAAGUGUUUCCAGGAGGAGCAGAAGCAGCUUUACAACAUCCCACCCAGCCCAGAAAAGGCAGGAGCUGUUAUCCAGAAAGACUCGCCAGCGGGCAAUUUGUAUGAUGUCCCUCCCAAAAGAGAAACUGAUGUUUCAGAAAAUGAAUCUCAGAAAAAGCUCUGGGGCCAUUACAAUACUCUGCCAAAUCCUCGGAAGUCAGAAUGGAUUUAUGAUAUUCCGGUAUCACCUGAAAAAACAGGGUUGAAACAAAGCUCUUCUGGCCAUUCCUCAGAGAAGCAAGUGCUGUACGAUGUACCACCAGCCAGGUACAAGGCACUAACAACAAACACUGAAGCCAAAGUAGUAAAUCCACAACUAUACGAUAUUCCACCAACACAACGGAAAUUAACACUUCCAGAUAUCCGUCUCUAUGAUGUUCCACCCUCACGGGAUAUCCUCCUUUUGCCACAAAAUAGCAGCUGUGAAAUACCCUCGGGUCUCCUGGCUCCGAAAGCUGAGAAUCUGAUUUCUGAAGAGAACGUUUAUGAUAUUCCAAAAGGUUUGCCCACCACUGUGCAGUCCAAAAAAGAGAUGGAAAAAAACAGUGAUAGUUCUGAAGACCCAGCGUACAGUGCUCCUUCACAGCUCUCAAGAGAUGCCAAAUUGGAACAGGACAGAUUAUCCAUGUCUAGUGUGGACAGCAGGAGCAGCAUGCUCUCUACAUCAUCAAACUCUUCUGCUGAGUCCUUUUCUACAUCAUCAUCAGAAGAGCCUGUCAAAGAGAUUAAACUGGACCUUGGGGUAGCCAUAGAGACGCUGACUAGAUUACAGCACAGUGUAUCCAGCUCGGUCGCAAGUUUAAUGAUCUUUGUCAGUAGUAAAUGGAGAUUACAAGAGCACCUAGAGAAAAACAUUGAAGAAAUUCAUAGAGCAGUCGAUCACGUAAAAGUUUCCCUGGGAGAAUUCUUGGCCUUUGCUCAAGUCGUAAAGGUAAAUGCCUAUUACCUCACUGAUAACAAACUUCAGACCAGAAUUAAAAAACAGCUGGAAAUCCUUAUUAACUCAUUCAAAAUCUUAACAGAAACGAGAGAAGCUCUAAACAGCUGCAACUGGUCACUAGAGGCUUUGGUCCUCAGGAAACCUCAGAGCAACCCCGAUGAUCUCGAUCGCUUUGUUAUGGUGGCCCGCACGGUUCCAGAUGACAUCAAGAGGUUUGUAUCCAUCAUUAUCGCCAACGGAAGGCUCCUCUUCAGAAAGAAUGAGAAGGAACAAGAAAUGAAGCAAUCCAAAGUGAACCCAGAAUACAAAGUGGCAAAACAAAUCACGGUGCCAAGAAGAAUAGAAAUAGAUUCACUUCAAAGAAAUACCGCCGAUAAACCCAACCAAAGUCAGGUCUCUUCUGAGAAACCAAAAGAAAACGCCCCUGAGGACUGUGACUAUGUUCAGUUACAGGUUUUGCCAUCUGCAAAAAAGACAGUAAUCCAAAGCAAGCAGGAAUCUGCAAAGAAAAUUGCUCUCCCAGAGCAGUGUAAGCUGUGUUUCGGUGCCCUGCACAAGGCGAUUGCCGUAUUUACUAAUAGUCUGAGCAACAACAAGCCGCCCGAAGUCUUCAUAUCCCACAGCAAACUGAUCAUUAUGGUGGGGCAGAAGUUAGUGGAUUCUCUCUGCCAGGAAACUCAAGAAAGAGAUGCUCGGAAUGACAUUCUCCAUAGCAGCAGCCGGUUUUGCGGCCUCUUGAAGAACCUGGCUCUCGCCACCAAAAACGCUGCGAUACAAUAUCCAAACGCAGGUGCCAUGAGGGAACUGCAGGAUCAAACUGAGGAGCUGUCGAAGUACACACAGCAGUUCAGAGCGAUGAUGGAGUGAAAGAUGCUUGGCUGUUUUCACACGUUCUCCAUUUUUGCUCCUUUGGCAUAUGGCAGCCAAUUGGGGCAGAUGCAGCUUGGUGACACCAACUUUCUGUCACCUCUAAGAGCUGCUGUGGGGCAGUUCCCCAGGUGCUGGUGCCCUUUUAGCAGGUGAAGAUCCACAUAACAGCAGGUGCAGAAGAGAGCUGUAGAAUUACAUCUGUACGUACUUCUCCAUUGUUCAGAUCCUGCCUCGAAAUAUCAUCUUGGUGGCUGGGAAGGAAAGUUCACUGUGUAUCAGAGCAAAAUUAUUUUAUUGUCUGGCUGAUUUCUUGUUUUUAAAUAUCUUUGUAGGUCAGAUAAACAUACUUUUUUUUUUUUUUUCUAGGCAGGUAUAUUUAGUCUCUCUUUAAAUUUUGCUGCACAAUGUUCUGUAACUUGUGAUAUUCCCACCAUCAAUUGUUUCUUGAGGACAUUACUAAAAAUGUAUAAUAAUUUUUUUUUAAACAGCUGCAAAGCUAAUGUUUGUUUUUAAUGUAGAAGCGCAAUUAAUGUAUUACAGGAAAAAAAUCUGGCAGGCACUGCCCAUAGCCUAGAAGUUAAUGGGAAAUGUUCCAGAAGAAAAACUGACUUGGAGGAGUCCUGGCUCCUGAUAAAUCUCUGGGGAGGGCACCUCGCUGUCCUCUGUCGCAGCUCAAAGCUGUUUGGAGCACUGAAAUGGAAUUUACUUUAGCCACUAAAUACACAUGGGAUUGGGACAAGCUCUUCCUAACAGGCUGGACAGGUGACAUUGUUCCUUGCUGGGAUCCUAGUGCACCGCCCGAGCUGCCCUGGGCUUCCCAUCCUGGCCCCUCAUCGACUCUAUCCCCAGAUGUGCCGGAUCCAGAAUCCAGCAAUGAUGAAGCCCUUAUAACCACCCGGAGAGUUUGUCUGCACGCCUGUGUUGUUUGUAUUUCUCCUAAUUAAUUUAUUUUAAUGUUUUUAUCUAAAAUUUCAAAGCUUGGCCUUUCUGGGUGACUUUGUACCUGUGUCUUUGCCCUCAAAAAAUGCACAGUGAGAUGUGUGAGCACUGAGAUUAAUUUGUGCUGCACCAGCGCACGGGCCAGGUGUCUGUAGAAAAACCCCCCUUAUCUUCCUCAGAUUUAUUUGUACUUGGAGCCACCAUGUUUUAUACCAUUUUUUAAACAUCGUCAUUAGUAAAUAUUACUGUUUGCACAGUGAAACGCAGUAACGUUGGCUUUGUACAUUUUGUAUUAAACUCUCUCCUGGAA